AUGAAUCCGACGGGGCUUCGAAGGAUCCCCCCUGAUCAAUCAUCAGGGAGUGGCCACAGCUUUGGCAGCCGUAGGCACCCAAGCAUCAAAGACCCUAUUCUUUCAAAGCGGGUGUGCUUCUACAAAAGUGGAGAUCCUCAGUUUAAUGGCCUGCGUAUGGUCAUCAACAAUCGUACUUUUAAAACCUUCGAUGCACUCCUGGACAGUCUCUCUAAAAAAGUUCCCCUGCCAUUUGGGGUGAGGAACAUCACCACCCCUCGGGGGGUUCAUGCGAUCUAUAACUUGGAUGAACUGGAGGAUGGGAAGUCCUACAUCUGCUCCGACAGCCGUAAAGUAAAACCUAUCAAUCUGGCGCUGGCCAGGAAGAAGCUGCCACCCUGGUACCACGCCAGGCCCGUCAGUUCUCGUCGUCGGACUGUGCAGCAGGCCAGGUUCUUUCCUGGCCAGAACAUCCACAAGCAGGAGCGAGUGGUUGUGCGAACGCCAAAGAAGCUACUGGUUUUUCGCAAUGGAGAUCCCACUGUAAAAUACAUUGUGGUGCUACACAAGAGGACUACGCCCACUUUUGAGUCAAUCCUGGAAUAUAUCUCAGAGCUGAUGCAGUUCCAUGUGGUGAAACUACACACACCUGAUGGCAGACGUGUCGACAGUCUUCCAGGCUUGAUAUUGUGCUCUGGGACUGUAGUGGCGGGAGGCAGGGAGCCUUUCAGGUCUGCAAACUACAAUGUACAGAAAUCACUAACUCCAACAUGGCUUCCUACCAACCGAAAAGGUCCGAGAAGACUAAAGUCUUUAAACCGUAAAAAGAAGUCAAUAUCAUAUAGUUCAAAGUCAAGGAAUUUCUCCCCAUCAUCUGAGCAGUAUAUCGUGAAUCGGAUCCAUAACUCCAUUGCAGAAAGUUCAUAUGACCUUCCCAGUAACCCUACAAACUCUGUUGAGUUGGAGUCCAGCCGUAUACUGGAGUCAGUGGCAGAAACAGAGGGUGAUGGAGCUGAAGGGCAGGGCUGCUUGCUGCCCGCUGAGGAUGACAUUGAGAAGUCCUUUCGGGUGAACCAGGAUGGCAGCAUGACAGUGGAGAUGAAGGUGCGCUUGACAAUUAAGGAAGAGGAAACCAUCCACUGGACGACAACUCUUACACGCUCAAGUGUAGCCAAUCAGUGUAAUGCAAGCUGUUUAACAGAGCGCGAGGCAGAGCAGGAGAUCUGCUCGCCUACAUCAAAUUCACUGGAUCCACAAAGUCCUGCUGACUCCACUGACAGCAUCAACACGGACAGAACCAAAGACAACAAUGAUGAGGAUCCACCAUCACUGAGCAAUGGAGCUCCCAGCGAGAGUGGUAAUGAAGAGGAUUAUAUCAAAGUGCAGACAGACGUGCUGUCACCUAGAAGAGCUCCUACGCCAGGGUACAAGCAAAUUAGAAAAAAGCAACCCUCCAUGGAGAGCAUCAAAUCACUGAUGGGUGAGGGUAUUCAGGAAGGUAUGGUUGGCUCUUACUCUUACAAAGAACAGACAGAAAAUGGAGCCAUGACAGAGCAAUACUGUAUGGUCAAACAGACUACUACUAAACCAGUACCCAAACCAAGAAGAUUUGGCUCUGUGGAUGCCAACAAUAUAAGCAGUCGAAAUGUAUCCACAUUCAAAUCAGCUGCGAUGUCUGAGAUCCUACAGAUUGAAUCCAGUGGGGAGGAGGUCACUGAAACUGUCUUACACAUAUAUGAGCAGCAGACUUGCCAGGAUAAUUUCUUUGCAAACAUUUGUGCGCAAGGUAUGUCUGCUACUGGGAUUUCUUUUGCUAGGCCAGCUACUUCAGAAACAGGACAGCUCUCCUCCAAUAAUGAGUUCGAACCUGAGCACUGGAGACCUUCAACAGCAUCUGAAUCCAUUAGUAUCUGGAGGGCUGAGAACAUGUCAAUAACAUCUGAUUUAACUUUGCCGUCACUGGAGACUGAUGCAAUUCAAGCAACAACUAGGCAGCAACAAUUCUCAAAGUCCACUAGAAGCAAAGACAAGCCCCAACAAAGAGAGGUCAAUAAGGCUAAGAGGCCAUUAAAUGUUGCAAACCAGCCAAAUAUGAAACCUGUCCUUGAGAAGAUUUGCUACUCAAUAAAGUCGAUUAGACAAAUCACACGGAACAAACAUCGAUCCUGUUUGGAAAAGUCCAACAGCUUGCCUGACUUCUCCUCUCAUGUAGCCUCUACAUUUGGCUCAUCAUCUAAAGCUCUCCUUGCUUUCCUGUCCGUCAUGACCCUGAAGGAAGGCAUAACUAACUUCAAUAUGGAUGAGCUGAAUGCAAACAAUGUCAGCUGUGCCGAGGCUUUAAAAAUGAUCGAUUCUCUCAGAGAAAUUGCAAGUAUUGAGGAUUCCCACAAGUUAAAAGUUAGUUUGUCAAAUUUACAGCAGUCAACUUCGAAGCAGCUCCUGCAAAGUUGGAAGGACUUUCAGGAACUCAGCAACAAAUGCAAGAGUCGCAGCUCAACACCAAAUUGUUCGGAGGAAGAGCUCAUAACUGAAGCUAGUCCAGAAAAAGACUGUGGCACUGAAGAAAAUGUAAUCGAUGAAAUCAUGGAUAACCUUGACAUACCUGAGAAGCUCAAGGUGGAAUUGGCCUCUAUUUCAAUGGGAGUCAAAACUGAGAGUGAUGAUGAAGAAAAGAUGUCCGCCAGGUUUAUCGGAAAAGUGGAAUUGUCACCAAAAGAUAACAGUGAUUCCGAGGUAUCUCAUUCCUCCACAGAAGAUGCGGUUAAUGUCAGGAAUGUUACUCAAGAUGAGAAAUUUAAUGUUGACGUGAGCUCCAUCAUUAAAAAAUUCACAAACAUUAACCAGCAAAAACAAUCUGACAUGGACAGUAGUCACCUGAUUACAGAGAGAGUAAAGCAUGAACCAAAUGACCAGACAACUACAGACGAGGACGGUCAGUAUGGGCAGAAUGGUGUGGUCAAAUGUCCACCAGCUGAACCUGUGGAAGAGGAUGGGGAGGCCAUGAAUUCAUGUGAGGAAGAAAAUCUGGAAAAUCAAGAAACAUUAAACAUGAAUAGAGUAGUCAGCAGCGAGAAACAUCUUGAAAAAGACAGUCAUGAGGUAGAGUGUAGGCAGUUGCAGAUGCAAAGUGAGGAGAGCGUGAGUGUCCCAGAGAAUGAGCUUACCAGUGAUGAAGAGGAACAACCUGAAGUUGAAUGUGAGGAGAUAAAACAGGAGGGAAGUGAAGGUGAAGACUUGUCCAACCCUGACAGUGACUCUGAGGAGGAAGAGGACAAGCAACCAAGCUCUAAUUACUAUGUAGAGCUGAGUGUCAGCAGGAAGGAGAGCAUCUCCAGCCCAGAUCGUGAAAACCAGUCUUUGACAGAGGAAGAGCAACCAGAGGUUGAAUGUAGGGACCUGAGCAACAAAGAUACGUUGUCUUACCCUACAAGUCUGCCGGAGUCUGAGAAGGUACCAAAUAAUCAAAUAUCAGGUAUGGGGUUAAAUAUCAGUGUUGAUGAAAGCACAGGUAACUCAGAUGAGGAUGAAAAAUCUUCUUCAGAGGAAGAGCAGGCAGAAGCUGAAUGUAAGGAACUAAAGGUUAUAAUUGAGGAAAGUUUGUCUGAGACUGAAGAAGAGAAGGAGAUCAUUGAAGAGGAGGAACACCUUGAUGAUCUGUCAGAUCACGAGGAAGAGACGAGAAAGGCUUUGAUAGAAGAGACAAAGGAGAACAAUGUUAGCUCAGACAACGAGGACCCCCACGCUGACAAAAAACACAUUUUUGGUACAAAAGAUCUAAGUAACCAGGAUUCAUAUACCGAAAAAGACAACAGCAGCUUGAUAAAGUCUGACAGUUUAGCAAAGCGUUGUAGAUUUAAUGCAGAUGAGGAUAGCGGGAAUGACCAUAGCAGCUGUGAAGGGCAGGUGGAGGUAGAGCAGAUCAAAAGCUCAGUUGAAGAAGAAUUAAGCUACUACGAGAAAGAGUCCAGCUCAGAGGAACAAGCCAAUAUGGACAGAUACACGGAGGAGAGCUGUAAUGAAUAUGAGGAAGCUCCUGCACAGUCGGGUGUCACAAUCGCAGAGAGGGUAGGCCUUCUCGAGAAGCAAGCUGCAGAUGCACAAAAGAGAGAAAAUGUUACAGAUAUUCCUGCUAUCAGACGUUCUUCUGAAACAAAUACCCACCUGGAGUCGGAUGCUGAGGAUUCACCCUCUGAAUCUCCCACAUCUCAGUCAACUAUCUGUCCCCCAUCAGCUCCUCAGUCAUCAUUGUCUUUCAGCUACGAUUCCAGUGGCGUCAUCACCACAGAGCCUGAAGGCAACAGGGUCAAAUCCAUCAGGGAAAUGUUCUUAGCAAAGAGUGCCACAGACAUUCAGCAUGGACUGAGACGUUUCCCGAACCCGAACAAAUCAGAGCUAAGAGAGUUAAGAGCAGAGACCUCGGCUAGCGGUGGCUAUCAGUCUCAGACUUCAAGUGAGCUGUCCAGUGGUGAAGACGAUUCAGCACGGAAAUCUAUCACUAAAGGCUUUGUGAGGAGAGCAAUCGAAAGGCUUUAUGGCAAGAAAGAUGACAAUCCUGAUGAGGACGAUGACCUGAGCACAGUGAGCAAGAGUAGUGCGAAUGGCGACAGCGUCACAGACACAAAAGACAAUUCAGAAGACACCAAAACGUGGGUAGAGAGGAACGGCAUGCUGCCAGCUGUUGUUACUGAUUUUAAGAUGAUGGAUAACAAAGUGCACCCACUGAUAGAGGUUCCAUCUGAUGGUGGCGUUGUGGUGGUGCAGCCUGGGAAAGGCCAGGGUGUUAUGAAUAGGAGGCUUCAGGAGCCUGAUGUGUUGGACUUUUUGUACAAUUUUUGCGGUGAGCACUGUCCCAUCCUGUAA